AGACGCUCACACAUUUCCUGCAUCUCAACAUCUUGUGCAUCAAAACUACUACAGAUCUGCUACAACCAUGGUGAGCUUCUGUCCUAUAUGUGGGAAACCUGUUUAUUUUGGUGAGAAGAAGAGGUCAUUGGGACGGGAUUAUCACCCAUUAUGCUUGAAGUGUCACAGGUGUAAAAGACAGCUAACACCUGGUCAGCAUGCAGAGCAUGAUGAGAAGCCAUACUGCACUAACUGCUAUAUGAGAGAUUUUGGACCCAGAGGUAGCCGAAAACCUGUUGCUCGGACCUUUAACACAGCUACUUCUUAAAAGAGAUCUUGCAAUCUUGAGAAACGCACAGCAUCUAGAUCUACAAACAACACCACAUCUACUGUAUCUGCUUUUCUCUGCCACAGUAAACCA